UCUAUAUACGUCCCCACCCAACCCCACAUAACAGCAAGUAGUACCUCAUUAUCUAUCCUCCUCUUUUAACCCCGUCAAUUCCACCGAGCGGGAAAUGGCCGCCAGGCGCCAGUGAUUCUCUCACUAAACUACCGCCCACUCCUUGUUCCGUUACCGGAUUCUGUUAAAUCCGAUACGAGAUAAUCUUGUAACCGUUAGAAGCUGAUCUAUUUUUUGUAAAGUUGAAAUUUUAGGGUUUUGAGUACUGUGUGAUUGUUUGUGUUUCUUGAUGGAUGAGAGUGUGCUUGACGAUAUAAUACGACGUCUCCUUGAUGCGAAGAAUGGGAGGACAACGAAGCAGGUGCAGCUUACAGAAGCUGAAAUAAGGCAGCUUUGUGUCGCCUCCAAGGAGAUCUUCCUUAGCCAACCUAAUCUGCUUGAACUCGAAGCUCCUAUAAAGAUUUGUGGAGAUGUCCAUGGUCAAUUUGGUGAUCUUCUACGAUUGUUUGAGUAUGGUGGGUAUCCACCUGCAGCAAAUUAUUUAUUUUUAGGGGACUACGUUGAUCGUGGUAAGCAGAGCAUAGAGACUAUAUGCCUGCUUCUGGCAUACAAGAUCAAGUAUAAGGAGAACUUCUUUCUUCUUAGGGGCAAUCAUGAAUGUGCUUCUAUCAACCGAAUAUACGGUUUCUAUGAUGAGUGCAAGAGGAGGUUUAAUGUUCGUGUGUGGAAGACAUUUACCGAGUGCUUUAAUUGUUUGCCUGUUGCUGCUCUCAUAGAUGAAAAGAUCCUUUGCAUGCAUGGUGGGUUAUCUCCUGAUUUGAAAAACUUAGAUCAGAUCAGGAAUAUUGCUCGCCCUGUUGAUGUGCCGGAUCAGGGCCUUCUCUGUGAUCUCUUGUGGGCUGAUCCUGAUAAAGAUAUUGAGGGCUGGGGAGAGAAUGACAGGGGUGUGUCAUACACAUUCGGCGCUGACAAAGUUGGUGAAUUUCUUGAGAAGCACGACCUUGAUCUUGUCUGUCGAGCUCAUCAGGUUGUGGAAGAUGGUUAUGAGUUCUUUGCAAAACGGCAGCUGGUCACCAUAUUCUCUGCACCAAACUAUUGUGGUGAAUUUGAUAAUGCCGGUGCCAUGAUGAGUGUGGAUGAUACAUUAACGUGUUCGUUUCAGAUCCUUAAAGCUUCUGAGAAGAAAGGGAAAAUUGGAUUUGGCAACAACAUGUUGAGACCAGGAACUCCACCUCAUAAGGGAAAGGGAUGAUUUUACGUGCAGAAGCUGUAAUCAUAUGAUCCGAAGUGCAUAACAAAUGGGGUCAUUAUAUUUCAUGUCUGAGCUUGUAUACAUUUUUAUCAAUUCUGCUUGGCGUGGCUAGUCAUAGAGUCAAACUAUCAAGCUCUUUUGGGCACUAAAGGGGAAAUGUGAAGGCAGAGAGUAACUGCAAGAGCUUGAAAAUAGUUGAUUCACGGAUGACACUCCAACUUUGGGGUUUCUGUUUUCUAUUAUGUAAAAUGGAAUUCUGACUUUACUUUGCUGAUUGGCAAAGGGCAAUGGGUGUAGGGUACUCUUGGUUUUUUUUUUUUUUUGGUGGCAAUACUUUUGAUUUCUGUUUGCAGUACGGGUAAUUUUCUUUCUGAUCACAUGAAAAAAUUGUGAUUACUAAAGUUUUAGCUGCA